AUGGUCUCAUUUGUAUGUGGAAAUUGUCAAGAUGUUAUAAAGAAGAACAAAGUAAACUCUCAUUGUAUUAAUAAUUGUCCAGAUGCAUGGGAAUUUACAUGUGUAGAUUGUAGUAAGACUUUUGAAGGUUUUGAUUACCAAACUCAUAAUCAAUGUAUUACUGAAAAGGAGAAAUAUUGGGGACAAUUUACUAAUGAAAAAAGUCAAAAAGUAUAUGACACUAUGAAUACGGAGGUAAAAAAAACAGAAGAGAGUAAAGGAUCAAAUAAAGAAGCAGUAAUAGAUAAAACAGGGGAACCGAACGAAUGGUUACAAAUUAUUAAUGUAAUUCUAAAAGAAAAGGGUCAACUAGAAUGGAAGAAAUUAAGAGAUAUUGUAGUGAAGAAAUAUUGCAGAAAGAGAAAAAUAAGCUCUAUAACAAAAGCUAAAAGAAGCAAACUUAAUUGGGAAUGCUUGGCUUCAAUUCCUAUAAGUUAUACAAGUAAAAGUCACAAUAUGAUUACUUAUCAAUGUUAA